UAAAUAUGUUUGAGAAUAUAAUGUUAGUUAAUUCAUUGGUUAAUUAUGGAGGAAGUUUGUAUCUUUUAAUAAAGAGGGAAAAGAGAUGCCUUUGAAAAGAAAUGUUGUUUCAUCAAAAGUUAUUCUUUUAUAUGGUCCGUAGGAGGCAAAUUAAUGUGGCUCACAACUCCCCUUUUAUUGGAAUUAAUUCAAAAUAUGUAAAAAGAACAAAAAAUUAAAAAACUCGAAAAAUUAAUGGAAUGGAAAGGAUAAAGAAACAAUUAAUGAGCAAUGGGUGUGGUGAGGUUGGUAUGCCAUUUAAUGUUUCCCCCCACUUCAAAAAACACAAAUCAACUAUUUUUUUAUGUUAUAUAUAAUAAAAGAUUCAAUUAUAAAUUUGGCUCUAUGAUUUUAGAAGUUAGAAUUCCAAUUUUGUUAAAUACACAUAUAUUUAUGGAUAGAAAUAAAUCAAAUCCCACGUAGUGGAAUAAAUGAAAACGGUGGGUUUGACUUUGACUUCGGCUACCCUUUCCCCUUCCCCUUCCCCUUCCCAGAAGGAUUCAGAUUGCAUAAUUUCUCCAAAUUUCAACGAAACAAACACGCAUCAAUUCCAUUUUUUCUUUCAAAACCGAAAUCAUGGAUCAAAUCAAUGCCCUCAAAGGCUAUGGCAAAGUGACUCACCUCGAACUCCAACUCGAAGAUCAGCUCCCGCCGCCGUCCAAACCAAACUUCAAAAUCCCCAACCACAAAUCUCUCCGCCUCACCAUCGCCAUCUCCGCCGUCGUCCUGACCACUCUCCUCAUCGGAUUGAUCAUCGCAGCCUCCAUCUACAACUCCACCGGCAAGAAAUCGCCCAAUUCGGCCGACGCAAUCAACAUCGUCUGCAACGUAACUCGUUACCCCAAUUCCUGCUUCACCUCAAUAAUUUCUCUCAAUUCCUCUCCUGAACCCGAUCCCGAACUAAUUUUGAAGCUCUCUCUCCAAGUUUCCCUCAACGAACUCUCCAAUCUGUCACGAUCGCUGAAAACCUUAACCGCCAACGGCGGAGGAGAAGCUUUGAAGGACUGCGAGAGCCAAAUCGAAGACGCAAUUAGCCUGGUCAAUGACUCUACAGCAGAAAUGGGAUCCGGCGCCGGCGAGAAGACGUUGACGGAGAGUAAGAUCGGCAACAUUCAGACGUGGAUGAGCAGUGCGAUGACGGACCAGGAGAGUUGCUUGGACGGACUUGAGGAGAUGGAUUCGACGUCGUUUCGGGAGGUGAAGACGAGGAUGAGAAAGUCCAACGAAUACGUGAGCAACUGCUUGGCCAUUGUCGCUAAUAUCCACGUCAUUCUUGAGAAAUUUGAAAUGCCACUUCACUAAAUCAAUAUUAAGUUGGAUCAUGUCAAUACGCUAUUUUUCUUUUUCUUUUUCUUUUUAAAUAAAAAAAUUUGUUUUCUUGUUGGUAAUUGGAACUUUAGUGUUUUGAAUAUUGAUGAUGGUUGUUUGUAUUUACUUGAAAA